ACAGAGUCUUUUCAGUAGACAGUCUUCAAGUGAAGUUCAGGAGGAAAGUGGGUUUGUGUGUGAACGCUGUUUGAUUCAAGUUUGGACAUUUUUGCAUAUCCUGAAUACCGCAGGAUGUCUGUGGAUUUAUUCUGAGCACUAGAAGUGUAAAAUGCACAUCAAGACAAGCCUACGUUGGCGUGCAUUCAUUUAGCAGAUGCUUUAAUCCAAACCGACUGAAUGCCACAAUCCAAAGUUUCAAAAUGGCUCUGAAAAGAGAUAGAACUGAGACGAGACCGUAAAACAAUAGUGAAAGAGUAACUUAAAGUCAUGCACUGACAAUUGCAAUUUGUGUAUUGAAAUUCAAGCUAGUAGACCAGCUGGCCAAGAUGGUUUGGAACCUAAAUGCAACUACAAGUUUAAGAUUUAUUUUCCAGAAACACAAAAUGUUUCUCAAAAAUUAAUAGAGUAUGUGGUUCCCGUUUGAUGUGGUCCCAAUUUGUGCAUUUUAAAAAAUCAGCAUUUGCGCACAUUAACAAUUGCAAGUCAGAUGCAUCUUCAGGUGUUUCUGAUUCCAGCAUGGAGGUCCAGUGUUGGUGAAAGUCGAGCGAUUCUCAGUUCUCUAACAACGGAUUCGUGGUUGGAAGUGAUGCCUGGCGUUCCACGUGAACGCGCACAAUGCCCUCGUUUCCCAAAUGUUCAGAUUGGUUGCUGAAGUGUCGGAGGAUAUCACGUCGAACACAUAACACGACCUUUAAUUAGAAACUUGCCGUUUUUUUUGUUUUUUUUCUUUCGCAUCCCCGGAGGCGAACACCUUGCAUAUCUCUCUCGCUCUCGCUCUCUCUGCAGCAUUAAUAAACAUCCUUGUGUCCUGCCCUCGGGCAGCACCAGUGAAAAGAUGCAAACAUACUUCAUUAGAGCUGUGGCAAUAAUUUGUAAGCUAAAUAUGCGAUGGGGCAGAUGAGAAAACGAUCUGAUAAGACUCGCACAGACGCUCAAGGAAGGGAGAAGCAUGUCACGCCUGUCUCUGACCCGGUCUCCGGUCUCUCCUCUGGCCGCGCAGGGGAUUCCACUGCCGGCUCAGCUCACCAAAUCCAACGCACCCGUUCACAUCGACGUGGGUGGCCACAUGUACACCAGCAGCCUGGCGACCCUCACCAAAUACCCAGACUCACGGAUCAGCCGGCUGUUUAACGGAACCGAGCCCAUCGUUCUGGACAGUUUGAAGCAGCAUUACUUCAUCGACAGGGACGGAGAAAUAUUCCGCUUCAUUCUCAGUUUCCUGCGAACCUGCAAACUGCUGCUGCCGGAUGACUUUAAGGACUUCAGUCUCCUGUACGAGGAGGCGCGUUAUUACCAGCUGGCCCCGAUGAUCAAGGAGCUGGAGCGGUGGAAGCAGGAGCGGGAGCAGAGGCGUCUGGCGCAGCCCUGCGACUGCCUGGUGGUCCGCGUGACCCCUGACCUCGGCGAGCGGAUCGCCCUCAGCGGGGAGAAGGUGCUCAUCGAGGAGAUCUUCCCCGAGACCGGUGACGUCAUGUGUAACUCGGUCAACGCUGGCUGGAACCAGGACCCGACCCACGUCAUCCGCUUCCCUCUGAACGGCUACUGCAGACUGAACUCGGUGCAGGUGUUGGAGCGUCUCUUCCAGAAGGGUUUCAGCGUGGCUGCGUCCUGCGGCGGCGGCGUGGACUCGUCUCAGUUCAGUGAGUAUGUUCUGUGUCGCGAGGACAGGAGGAGUCAGUCCAUGAACACGCCCAUCAGGAUAAAGCAGGAGCCGCUGGACUAGAGACACGCGCUCAGGCCCUCGGCCCCUCGACACACACAUACACACACACACACACUCAGCGUUUAUACGAGGAAUGUAAGCAAACUGCACCAGAAACCCAAAGAACUUCAGCAGGAUAUGAGUCCCGCCCUGUUCCACCCAAACUACCAAUCAGAGGACAUCCUCAUGCAUACGGAACGCAGGCUCCGCCCCUCUGCCGGUGCAGUGUGUGUGUCAUUAUCUCGUGACGAUUCCGGCGCAGUGCUCACGCACAAACAAAUACGCCAUCGUCAGGGGCCGGGGGUCAUUUUUUUGGAUUGUUUUUCAUUUCAUCCUUGUUGUUUCUAAAGACGUUUUUCACUCCUUAUGUUGUAUGCGGUUAGCAGUACUAGGCUGGAGUUUUGUGUUUAUUUCUUUUGUUACAUGAAGGAUGAUGGGAGUGGCGUUCUGAAGGCAUUACGUUUGAGAGACUUUCCUGGCAGGAAAACGCUAUUACGCCCUCGGGCCGCGUGGCCGAGCAGUCUGGGGUUUAAUGCGUUUGCUGCUGAAGGUUUCUUUGUUUAAAGGAGCUGCAAGCAAAAUGUGGCUAUUUCCGAAGCCAGAGCAAGCCAGAGCAUUAAGCAUAUCGUUAAACAUCUGAAAUUUUUAUAAGCUCUCUACGAUGCUUGAAUCAAAUGAGUUCUGAACUAUACGGUACCUAUACAAAGACUCGUGUGUGUCAAGAACAAUAUGUAAGGAGCUUGAGGUAAAACAUGGGCAGAUGAAGACGUAUGAGUGUGUGUGUACCGUACGUUUGCACUUAAAUGUGUCAUGAAAACAAGCCGCCUGCGUGUUUAAAGAUUCAGUGGAAAUAGACUUGAGCUGACAGAAUGAGGGUACUAACUAUGAUGCAUUAAUUUUUAAACCAUCUUUGCGAAUGAACUAUUGUUAUUCAUCAGCCCAGUUUUAGUUUGAAGUUGUCCCUUUUCUAUUUUGAUGUCAAAUGUUGUCGGAUGCUGAGUAAACGGUGGAUACGUUGUGAAAAAGGUGCUUGAUUUCAUCAGAUGUGUGUGUGAUGAAUGUGUCCAAACGCUCAACACAGAGAACUAACAUUCCAGAGACGUAUUGUUUCUCUGUCUGGAAGAAAAAAUGUAUGUAAAAAAAAAAAUUCCCUCAAAGAGUUUUUAAAUGCAUUAUUUGGCCUACUAGCUUUAACCUUCUAUUGGCUGAACAUUUAAAAAAAAAAUAUCAUAUAUAUAAAAUAAAAAAUGUGUAUAUUUCAUUCAUAAAAUUUUAACUAUUUGAUUCUUUCAAAUUAAAUUCUAAUAUUUAUCUUUCAAAAAUCAUGUUUUAUUUUAUUACCCAAUUGUUACCACUGUAAUUUUAGUGUCCCUUAGAUAAUACUUUAAUAUUUUGAAUCAGUUGUAUUUUUAUAUUUUGUUUUCAUUUUAAUUGUUCUAAUUUUGUUGUGUUUUUAUAUUUUUUGUUCUAUCCAUUUUUUAUUUCAGUUUAAGAUUGUUAUUGUAGUACAUCGUUAAAUGGUUAAAAUGAGAAAUACAUACUGUCUAUAUUUGUACACGAAAUUAUAUUUUUAACAGUGAACAGUUCACAAGCUACUAAAUUAAAACAUGACUUUUUGGAAAAUGAAUAUUAGUAUUAGUAAUGGGAAGAGGAGGGUUAUGUCAUCUUUUGUCAACCAACUCUAUACAAAUUUAUGCAUUCCUUUUUUCUUUUUUUUUUUUUUUUGUUAAAAGAGUUUUUAGUGUAUUUCUGUUGAGAAUAACUGUUGCUGAGGUUUGCCUCGAGCUCUGAGCCGACAGUCUGUUGUUAGUGAUGUGUGGCUUUGCUUCCAGUGUAGAUCUUCAUCAUCAUCAUCAUCACCAUCAUCUGAGUGGAGGUCACUUCCCUUCUACCAGAUCAGAGCAACAGAAGAACAAACUCCUGCAGUCUGUGUGUUUGUGAUUCUUCUCGAUCAAAAACAAACAACCUCAUUCUGAUCUGUUCAUCCAAACCUCAUUCAAACUCAAGCUGCAGUUUAGAGUCUGAAUGUGUUCGUUGUAUUAUUGCAUUACGUGGUUUUCUUUGCUGUCUGAUUAAACGUCCACAGGCUUCAGUUGCAUCUCGACUCUCCGUAGGGAACCUGCUCGAGUCGGCCUUUGUUCUGACCCAGAUCUGGUCCAGUUCUGUCACAAAGGGAAUGACCAACCACCCUUUCAUGCGCCGAGAGCUAUCCCAGCAUGCCUCUGCACACAAUCCUCAUAUGCAUUCCCAGGACGGCACAUAUUCAAAGCCAGAACACCCUCAGAAGAUGGCAGUGUGGAUGAAGUGGUGUGCUGUUUACGCUCUGAUCUUGUUCGGUACAUCAAGUGAACAGAAAAGCGCAAGGUUUGUGUUGAAUUAUGUUGGAUUACUUUUCACGUUGUUGUGACGCCUGUCAGGAGGCUGCGGAUUCGGUCGCGUCCAUCAGGCCUAAACGCUGGUACUAUGUACAGUUAUUUGUAUAUUGAAUCAUUCAGAUGCCGGUCUCUCUUUGUAAACAAACACGAGAAGAGAUGCUGACACUCACGAGACUGAUGGAUUGAACAUGAGCAAAGCAAUAUGAUAUGUACAUACAAAUGACAAAAGAAGAUCCUCAACAUUUCAAAAUGUCUACCAAGGUGAAAACUGUCAUUAUUUAAUGUAUUAAUAAUUAGACUGUGGUAUUAAAGGGCAUGUGUUUAUUUACAGUGACUUCUUUUUUAUUUACUUGCAUAUUUGCUAUAAUAAAAAAGGCGUAAUAAUCA